AUGAGUACCAACAACUGCAGACGGAAAACUCACGCAGGAGAGGAAGUGGAAAGGGCGGAGAGUAAGGGGUCAAAAGAGUCAAAGGUAAGCGGGAGGAACGGAGCAGAGACCUCCCAGGAGUCUCCAUCCUCCAUCCAGAGCCAACAACCCUCCUUCCCCUGUAAGGUCUGCAAGUCAUUCAGGCACAUGGGAAAUUUCAACGUGCAUGUAAGAGUGCACACGCAGGAGGAGCUGUACCUCUGCAGUGUGUGUGGUAAACAGUGCCGGUCCUCAGAGGAACUGACAGGAAACUAUGAGAUCCACAUCGGGGAGAAGCCCUACCGCUGCCACUCCUGUGGAAAGGGCUUCAGACAGGCAGGAGAGCUGAGGGUCCACACAGGAGAGAAGUCCUACAAGUGUUCUGAAAUCCAUCAGAAGAUCCACACAGGAGCGAAGCCCUAUUUCUGCGAGGUCUGUAGGAAAUUCUUCACUCAGAAGGUUCAGCUCAACGUGCACAUGAAGGUCCGUGUAAAGGCCAAAUAG